ACGUUUCGACGCUGUCCAAUAAAGCCAAUAGCUUCGGAACGACGAGCCUAGCCUUCGACAAAAUGGCUUUGAGCGAUUUGAUCAACCCGUUUCACAUCUACGUCUUCAGCACGAGCUUCUGGUACUUCCUCCGCGGCAUCGUACGAGUAAUCGACCCAGCAACAGUCUGCGGCUGGUUCCGACCCCCAUCGCAAGGCUUCGUCGACCCCAACGACCUCGAACUCUACACCACCCGCACCGACGCCUACUGUCUCCUCGCCCUCUCCUUCAUCCUACUCAUCAUCUCCGACGCCGUGCCCCUGCCAUCAUCUUACACCACCUCCGCUCUGGUCCCUCCCCCCUCCGACACCACCCGCCCGAAGUCUCCGUAUGCGAGAGCCAUCAUCUUCGUGACGCUGCUGCAUCAUGCCGCGACGUGUGCGGGAGCGUAUACGCACUGGGUGAAGCCGACGCAUUGGACUGUUGCGAUGAGCAUUGGAGUCUGGGGUAAUUUGGCGUUGAUUGCGGUGGGAAUCGUGGCGCUCAGGUCGGAUUUCGAUGGGAAGAGGGAUGUUGUUGCUGCUGGGAGGAAGGUGGGGAAGACGGCGUAG